AAUAAAUAUAUCGACCAAAUUUCCAAUAUAGUUUUAUUCAAUUAUAUAUACAUUACAUACAUACAUACAUUACGUUAUUUCUCUUUAAUAUUCAUACAUAAAAAAUGGCACCAGAAGCUAAACACGAUCAGCUGAAACCAGUACAAGAAUUACUAGAAAGUGGGGUUGUGCCUGAAAUGUACCUCCAACAGCUUAAGGAUGAGCAUCAAGUUGGUGACGGUCCUCUUCCUUUGAUGGACGGUCCGAUCAUCGACUUUUCGCUCCUUUCAUCAUUCAACUCUGAAGAGCUUUCGAAACUUCGAUCCGCUCUUAGCACUUGGGGUUGUUUUCAGCUUGUCAAUCAUGGUAUGACCAGUGAAUUGCUAGAUGAAAUACGAGAAUUGAGCAAGGAAUUCUUCAAAUUGCCGCUAGAGGAAAAGGAGAAGUACUCAUCAAAAGGCGAUAGUCUCGAAGGUUAUGGCAAUGACAAUACAAUCCGGCAAGGGAAUUUCAAUUGGAAUGACAAACUCCAUCUUCAAGUUCAUCCAGAGCACAGGCGUCAACUUGAAUUUUGGCCGGAGAAACCUCAAGAAUUUAGAACAACUUUACACGAAUAUUCAAAUAAGACUAAGGAAGUAUCCAAGACACUCUUCAAAGCCAUGUCACGUUCAUUGAAGUUGGAUGAGAAUCGUUUCUUUGAACUGUGGGGAGAUGACAAGGAAGACAUAAUACAUGCAAGGUUCAACUUUUAUCCUCGAUGCCCUAGCGCGAAUCAAGUUGUUGGGUUGAAAGCACAUACGGAUGGAUCCGCCAUUACUGUUCUUCUGCAAGAUAAGGAGAUUGAAGGGCUUCAAGUCUUAAAAGAUGACCAAUGGUUUAAGGUUCCUAUCAUCCCUGAAGCCAUUAUCAUCCAUGUUGGUGAUCAAUUGGAGAUUGCAAGUAAUGGUAUAUUUAAGAGUCCAGUCCACAAAGUGGUUAUAAACCCAAAAUGUGACCGUAUUUCAUUAGCCAUGCUUCCUCUUCCAAACCCAGAGAAAGAGAUUGGCCCACUUAAGGAGCUCAUAACUGAGGAUAGGCCCCAAAUGUUCAAGAGGCUCAAAGAUUAUGGCCAAAUUUACUUCACUUAUAUGGCUUCUAUGGAAAGGCAAAUUAAUGCUGUCAAAAUUAAUUACUAGAAUUAUACGAGUAAUUAGUUACUAGAGUUGUCUUUUGAAUAAUAUAUGUGUUCUAAUGUUGGUUUUAUCAUCAUCAUGUCGUAUGUAUUUUUAUUUAGUUUAUCGUUUUAUAAUAUAGAAGAGAAUUGUGCUUGUAACCUACCUUGUAGUAGUACAAAUACAAUACCCUAGUUUGUGCUGUGAAAUUACUUGAUGUACUAAUAAUAAGAGUGAGUUUUCGAAUUAA